GGCAGGAGGAACCCCCAAGCCAACACACUCAGCCCUUGUUUUCCCCCCAUCAGGAUUUGUCCUUCCCAAAGCUUGGGCGGAUGGAGGAGGAGGCUGCGAGGAAGAGGAAGAUGCCUUGGGCCCCCCAGACAGGUGAGGAGGAAGUCAGUGUCCCUCUGGGCGGGUGUUGUGCUGGCUCUGUCAGCCGAGCAUGGCCCCGGCUGCAGGACAACCCCGCUGGCGCCGCCGUCCUGCCGGGGCCGGAGUUGGGGGGAUGUCCUUGGCCUUCCCUGUGGGCCGGAGGCAAAUCCCCUGCCUGUCCUUCUUGCUUCCUGCCCCAGGCCCCGAGCUGAGGACGGAGAGCCCGGAGGACAAAUCCCCCCGUGAGACCCUGGUGGGAGAGGCCGUUUUGAAGGGCUCCCCGGCGCAGGAAGGCAGCGGGGAGGAAAAGGGCCGGAGAUCCCCCCGCAGGAGGGGCUCCAAAGCCAUCCCAGGGUGCUCUGAGGAGGAAAGAGCCAGCCUGUGCCAGGAAGGCGGCUGGAGCUUGAGGGGGAACUCUGACCUGGUGGUCCCUGAGCAGCCUCCCAGCAGGGAGAAGCUGUUCAAGUGCUUGGAAUGUGGGAAGAGCUUCACCCACAGCUCUAGCCUAAUCCGCCACCAGCAAAUCCACACUGGGGAAUGGCCCUACUCAUGUGGGGAAUGUGGGAAAAGCUUCAGGAACAGCUCCAACCUGAUCCAGCACCAGCACAUCCACACUGGGGAACGGCCCUACACAUGUGGAGAAUGUGGGAAGAGCUUCAGCCGGAGCUCCACCCUCUCCACCCACAAGCGCAUCCACACUGGGAAACGGCCCUAUGCGUGUGGGGAAUGUGGGAAGGGCUUCUGGCACAACUCCAGCCUCCACAUCCACCAGCUCAUCCACACCGGGGAACGGCCCUACAAGUGCUUGCAAUGUGGGAAGGGGUUUCAGAGCAGCUCCACUCUCCUCGUGCACCAGCGGACGCACACGGAUGAGAGGCCCUUCCACUGCACCGACUGCGGGAAGGGCUUCAAGCAGAACUCCCACCUCGUCACCCACCGGCACAUCCACACCGGGGAGAGGCCCUACAAGUGUGGGGAGUGUGGGAAGAGCUUUUCCCAGAACUCUACCUUGACCCAACACCAACGGACCCACCAGUAAGGGAAGCCCUACCAGUGCCCCGACUUCAGGAAGAGCUUUGGCCGCUGCUUCCACCCCAAUGAACCCCUUGAUGUUGAGGCAACCCCUGGAGUCCAGUGACUGUCAGUCCAUCCCUUUCGACCACAAAGGGCCAGUCCCCUUUCCCAGGGGCAGUUUCUUCCAACAGAUCCCUUCUUGGGGGGUGUGUGGAGAUUCCUGCCUUGGCUGGGGACCCCCCAAGGUCACUGCUGGAGGCUGAGAGCAGAGAUCUCCCCCCGAGCGUUGGUCUGGGGGAGUUCCAUCCAUCUCUAAUUAAGAAUUAUUGCUUUUGUGCCAGCUUGAGUAGAAUUGCUUCAGCAAUUGCUUUAGUGUAGAGCACUGUCCUAUCUUAUCCUGUACUCCUGGUAGUUUUAGUGUUUCUAUUGUGCAGUAAAUAAUUGUGAUGAA